UCUUCUUCUCCUCUCAUAUCUAAGCCAUGCCCAGAUUGUUUUCAACUUUUCAUCUUCUGCUCCUCUCAUAUCUUUAUCUGCCUUUCCAUUUUUUUUACCCAUUUCUUAGGUAAAGUCUCCCAACUAUAUUUGAAAAUGAUGAAAUGGGUACGACCUGUGAGAGUUUAUGCAGAUGGGAUAUAUGAUCUCUUUCACUUCGGAAAUGCCUGUUCUCUCGAGCAAGCCAAGAAAUCGUAACUCUCUUUCUCUGUUUCUGUGUAUUAGUUCGAUUUUUUUGUUGAUAAUUUGAAGUGGGUUUUCAUUAUUUUUGGCUAAAUUCGUUGUUUUCUUUCUUGAAAGUCAAGCAAUUUCCUUUCUUGGUUUUGGUUAUUGUCAAUUUGUAGUUAGCUGCUGGAUGUUGAGGUCUUGAAUGCGAUAUUGAAUUGAAUUUGUCUUGGAAUAUGAAUUUUGGGUCAAAAAGUUUCAUCAUUUUCAAAUAUAGUUGGGAGACUUUACCUAAGAAAUGGGUAAAAAAAAAUGGAAAGGCAGAUAAAGAUAUGAGAGAAGCAGAAGAUGAAAAGUUGAAAACAAUCUGGGCAUGGCUUAGAUAUGAGAGGAGAAGAAGAUGAACAAAUCUGGGCAUGGCUUAGAGAGCCGUGAGAGGAGAGGAAGAUGAACAGUGGGAGUUGGGAUAAGAAUUAGGAUGAAACAGAUCCGUUGGAUUUAUUCAUUUAACAUCCAACGGUUAUGGCUGAUUUGUCCCGUUUUGUCCCUUAAAGAGUGUCCCGCAGGUGAGCGGCCCUGCCGUGAUGAUAUUAAUAGUGCAAGGGCACAAAUAAUUUAGAAUCUAAAGAUCAGGUGGUAAAAGGAAAUUUACCCAAAAAUUUCUUACAAACAGCUGUAAACUUUCACACGUCAUUGAUUUUGAGUUUGAGUAACAAAGGCCUUUCCAAGUGUGUUAUUGAUUUUGAGGGAGUCUGUAGAUAAUUUUGGAGCUUCUGGAAAUUGAAAGAGGAAGAAACGCAGUAUUAAAACAAAACAAUUGAGGUUGGAGGUACAGAGGUGGGUUGCUUCUGAUCGUUGAUAUAUAGUUAUCAUUUGGGUUACCUCUGCAGAAGCUACAUAGGUUUUAAGAAUUUGUGUUUGAAAUGACGGUCGGUAUUGGCCAGAAAUAAACCCGCAAAUGAAAUAAAAUAAAAGUUGGAGCAACAUUGAGAAAGAGGCAGCAAGGAGGCGACAGAAAAAGAGAGAGAGGGUAUCUGAGUGAGACACCCAGGUCCAAUGGCUACUAACAAUGUUCCAGUGGGUUUGGACAAGGAACCGAUUUUUUGGUAUGGCAGAGAAGGAGAUCGAUGGAGUACUGGGUUGAGUUGUUUAAAAAAGAGAAAACCCCUCAUGAUUUUUAUAAUUUGGAUAAUCAUAUGCAUCAGUUUAAGCCUUUAAGGGAAGCAGCGCAAGGUGCAGCAUUGGAGCCAAAAAGGUGAAAGCUGAAUGUCAACAGUUCAGGGAAUAUUGUAGGGCAGGAAAUGGAGAAGGCAAACAAGCUUACUGAAACUAUACCUGGAUGGUUCUUCAAACGAAUCAAGACAGUGGAUUUCUCUUACAACAACUGCACUUGGGAAAGCUCAAGCUCACUUCCUACUGAAUGUGAUAGAGGGAGUGUGUGAGUAUGAAAUAUACUAUACAUAUAUUUCUCUUAAAUCUUAGUCAAUCACUUUGUAGAGUGUGAUAAAGACUGCAUUGCAGAAAAGCAUGAACUACAAAACUGCAGCAUCGAUUUCUUAUAAGAUUACUGUUUUGUUAUGAUUAAUUAUUUGAAAUUUUGUAUGGAGAGAUUUCUCUUACAACAACACCACUUGGAAAAGCUCAAGCUCAUUUAUUGUUGGACGAUGGGAAUCAGAGCCAGGAGAACAGUUUCAUUUAUGGACCUCCAAGGGAAAGGACAGCGCAAUCAGAGACCAAGGUUCAGUGCUAUGAACCUGCAAUCAUGAAAUACUUGGGAUAUUACCCUGCAUUGACACCUGAUGAGCUUCAUAUUUCCUCGUAGUAUGAUGUGAUCUAUUGGUUCUUCAAUGGCAAAGAAGAGCUGGUUCAGUAUAGUUAAAAGCUUCUUUGUUUCAGACACACAGACAAAGCAAAAUAAUAAGGAGAAGAGAAGAAGAUGGGUUUUCGGAAGGCUUAAGAUUAAAAGGUUACCCUCAAUAACAGCACCAGCACCAGCACCACCAUCACCAUUAAAGGAAAGGACACUCAAUGAGGCAGAGGAAGAACAAAGCAAGCAUGCUCUGAAUGUGGCUAUUGCGAGCACUGCUGCUGCAGAAGCUGCUGUUGCAGCUGCUCAUGCUGCUGCUGAGGUCGUGUGGCUCACUGGUCUUAAAGCUCGAAAUCAGGCCACUGAAUUGGAACAUCAAUGUGAGAAGGAAACACAAGAACUUGCUGCUGUUAAAAUUCAAACCGCCUUCCGCGGUUACCUUGCAAGGAAAGCUUUGAGGGCACUAAGGGGAAUAGUGAAGCUCCAAGCUAUUAUUCGAGGACAAACUGUGAGACGACAAGCAAUGACUACACUCAAGUGCUUGCAGUCUAUAAUAAACAUCCAAUCGCACGUAUGUGCCAGGAGAUUCCAAACCAAAGAAGGAGAUACUUAUAACUAUGAUGAAUAUAAUGAUCAGUUCCAAAAUUUGAGGGACAAGAUAAUAAGGAUGGACUCAAACAGCCAAAGAAGGUGGGAUGACAGACUUGUUUCAAAGGAAGAGGCAGAGGCCUUGUUUAUGAGCAAGAAAGAGGCUAUGCUUAAGAGAGAAAGAAUAAAGGAAUAUUGGUAUAGCCAUAGGAAAUCAGCAGAAUCAGAAAGAAAAAAGGUAAAUGGAAGAUGGAGAUACUGGUUGGACCAAUGGGUUGAUACCCAAAUUUCUAAAAGCAAAGAACUUGAAGACUUGGACACAGUUUUGGCUUCGAAUAGAAAAGAGGAGUUUGGAGGUGGAAAACAAGUUGGGCUUAGAAACCUGCAAAGACAGAAUAGUCAUCUGAUUAAUGAAGGAAUGGAUUCUCCAAGAAAGUCAUCCUUACACCACAGGAAGCAGUGUUCAUUGGGAGAUGAAAAUUCCUUUACAAGAUCUCCUAUUGUUCCUACUUACAUGGCCGCAACAAAAUCUGCUAAAUUGAAAGCGAGGUCUUUAAGCUCCCCUAAAUUAAGGCCAUGGAGUUUGGAUACUUGCUCUGAGAGCUAUUCACCAUGCAAGAACAACAACAUCUCUCUUAUAUCUUCCAUCAACAGUGAAGUGCCACUAAGUUCCAGAAGGAUUGGCAAGUCCGGUGGUAUCCAGCAACGAUCUCCGAGCAUGAAGGGCCUUCCAAGUCCAGUAAAAUCUAGCCAGACGAUGAAGGAUCGUAGCAUUAAUUCAGAGUGCUCUGUAUCAUAUUGGGAUAGACAGAGUACUUUCAGAUGAUGAUUUCGAUUGUACUAGAUGAAGAUAUACAGUUCGGAUGGCCGGUGUCUUGGGUUGGAGUGCAGAACUGAUUUGUAAUUACAACCAAGUGGAGUGGUGAAGAGCCUUUUAACUAACUUCCCAAGUUCAUUUCUGCAUACCACUUUCCUCUUCAAGUUUCCUUUAUCACGUUGUUUAAGCCGACUUCUCAACAAUCUUCUGCAAAUGCACAUAGAACUAGACCACUAGUAUUUUAAGUCUUGAAUACAUAAACCACAAAUCUCUCCACAUCGCAUAAUAGGGAAUACAACACGUUCAGGUUUACUUAUAGUCCAAGAAUUCCUGGAGGCUCCAGGGUAACCCAGCCGGCCAGCCUUAGGGACGGAUACAUAUACUAACAAAAGCCCAACCCUAGCAUAUGUAGCCCUGAACCGAAGCAAGGAUCCCCAGCCCAAUAAGCCCCAGCCUAAGAACUUUGAAACCCUAGCCCAAACCAAAGCCCUAUCUGUCGCCUCUCAAAAUGGGUCAGCCACUGGCUUCGACGUCACCGCAACACUAAAAUGAGGCCAAGGUCCGGACUCGAAUCCUGCAGACCACAGACCACGGACCAUAAGUUGAGAUGCAGCCGCCGGAAAUCCGCAGCCAUACACGGUCAGAACGCCAGACCUCCAACUUUGGAAUCCGGACACCUCGCCAC